AUGGUUGUCUUGUGUCACUGUCACCCACAAUUUGCCAGCUCAAAGGAUAUUUUCCUAUUCGAUAUAGUUGAUGGUAUCCCAGUAGUUUCUCUGAAUGAUGAUGGAAGAGUAGUAGUUGUUUCUAAGGAAGAUGAAGGCAAGUUGAAAUAUGAGCUGGUCAAUAAAGGAAAGAGGAAGCUCAAGCUGAGUCGUGUCCCAUUCUCUUUGACAUGCAUACUUCACAAAAAUUACAUUCUGGAAGACCUUACAGUUGAGGAAGAGUCCAUCAUGGAAACUCUUGUUACUGUGGUAUUGGAUUCAUCUUUUCAACUAGUGUCUCUCUACAAGCCCGGUGGACUAGUUCUUGCAUACACAUUAGCCAUCCAAGACUAUAUUGCAUUAACACGACAAAGAGGGAAAGAACUUCAGAAAGUUUUGAAUGAAGCCAUUUUUGAAAUGGAGGGGGACUAG